AUGAUUCCUACAGACUCAAGGGCGUCGGUAACGCCGUCCUUGGAUGAUCAGAUGACACCCAAGGCUCGGCCACCUGGUAUGGAUAUCAAUCCAUUCGAUUUGCUUCAUGAUAGGCCUUCAAGUGGUCGCGGCUCGGCUAUGGGCCUUUUGAACUCGGAACGGGCUGGUGACCGUGCUAGCGAACCCAGUGUGUUACUCACCCCUGGCUAUGCGCAAGGGCAUAUGGCCAGUUUUGACAGCGCUGCAGCUGCUUCAAUGACCAACAAGCCUACGGAUUUCAUGAUCCGCAUGCCUACACCAAAGCCAAAGGCAAGUGACGACAAGGAUGCUACACGCAAUACGGGUUCAGCAAAGGGCUACUUAAAUGUGCUCUUGAUGGAAGCCCGCAACCUUGCUGUGUCCUCGACUUCGCUGUCGAAACCUUAUGUGGUGAUUCAGUAUGACAAGAAUGAGUAUAUUGGCGAAUCGGGUAACUGCAGCGAUGGAAGCAACCCGUCGUGGGACGAAACAGUCACUUUCGACGUGACCAUGGACAAUCAAAACGUUCAAUUUAACAAUACUACGCCCAAUGGUGUUGACAUCAAGAAGAAGGAACGCAAGUCGGAGAACGAGCCUCUCUCCAAGAGUAUCCAGGAAAAAUUCCGUGGAUUCAGCUACAGCGGCACGUACGAAAGCUCAGUGGAUGCGCUGGAGCGAGGCGUGAACGCUAUCGACUGGGGAAAGGACGUGGAGGAAGAUGCAGUCGUGUAA